GUCCAUUGUGAGUGUAUGGGCCAAAUUCCCACUCACUUCCAUAGGUCUGCUCUGUGGCCGCUACCAUCUGUUGUCUGAACAACCUUGUCUCCUUGGUGUCCCCUCUUGAAGAACUGACCACUCUUCCAAAGGAAGCUGAGGUCAAGAUUGGUGAACAGACCUUCAUUCGGAUUAAACAAACCAUGUCAUGGCUCUCAGCUCUGAUCUACUGUCGCAACCACUAUACAGACCUGGCUGAUUUGCAGAAAGUGACUGACAAGGAGGGCAUAGAAACCCUCCAUUAUAUCACAAAUGAUGUCGACGCCUGGAUUGGCCUCUACUUCAAUGUGAAGACCAACAAUCUGACCUGGUCUAGCAACUUGGGUUCCAGCAUCCCCGAAUGGCUUCAGAAAAUACCCGUGUUUGGUCAAGGACUAUGUGCAGGACUCCGUAUCUUUUCGAAUGCCCCACCUCAGAUUUAUACACUAUUUUGCCAUGAGCUGAAACCUUUUAUCUGUUUCUGGGACCCCUCCAUUGGCCAUCGGAAGUUAGCAGAGAUGCCUCUACUCACUGAUACUUCCUCCCCCAAAGUGACUCACCCCUCAGAAGUUACUACAAGGACAACCUCUAGGCCAAACACAGGGACCAGAACUGGCCCCCAAAAUGCCUUGCAAACGCUGGUUUCAGCAACCUGGAUCCGGCAGCAAGUGAGUCAUGAAGCGAUUGGGGGCAGCUCCGACGCCUGUGGUUUCGGCAUCUGUGAUACCACUACCCCUGUUCCCACCACCAUGGGCCUCACAGCUCUCCAACCUCAAGGGACGGUUUCACUAAGUCCUCUGGUGACAUCAGCACCUUCAGGAGAGAUGUAUACGCCCUUGGAGGAGAGGGCUGGUGGAGAAGGCGGCCCAUCAAGAGAGAAGAGCCCAGCUACCAUGAAGGAUGGCACACAGAGAGGAGAAGCAGCUACUGCCACCCAGGCCCAACAUGUAAGCUCACCUAAGCACCCAGAGUCUAAAGAGAAACCAGUAGCAAAUUCAGAGUACUCCUUUGGAGUCUUGAAAGCAGAUUUUACCAUCUCAACACUAAAGGAUCCAGAAGAGAUGAAAGACCAGUUUUUGAGUGAGAUCCAAGAAGUCUUGAAGUUUGUACUAGGUCAUGAGGAAUUCACAUUGAAAUGGAUCGGUUUUGAAGAGAACAAAAAAUAGCAAACAUCUGCUAAUUUUCAUUUUCCUUUUUAAGCAGUCUUUUGGGUAGCCUUUAGUUUUUUUUUUAAUUCCUAGAAGCCCAAGAUUAGAAAUAACCUGAAGUAUUCCAGGACGCACAGACCUAUAUGUAGCACAAAAGAAAAUGAUAUGUGAGAACAGCAUUCUUGAUUUUUACAGAGUAAGAUAGAGAAGCUGAAGAUAGGACACCUUGAGAAUGAUAAACAAGGAUCCACCCUCUGACCCAAACAGGAAAAACUCUAAGAACUAACUGUGUGGGUAAUCUGAGAGGACCACAGUGGCUUAGGACAGCUGGAGGAAGCUUUCUUUCUAAAGGAGUCAACAUAACACAAUUGUUAUCAGUGCCACUUAUUUGUUCUGCACCUAAUUUACCUAUAAAUUGUACAAUUUUAAGGCGUGAUUUCCUAAUGCUAAAAUAUAUCUUCAG